AUGAUGCUCCAGAGCAGUGCGCUGCUGUUUACCCUAUUGUUUGCGGGCUGCUGGGCCCAAGAUGAGGCCGACCUGGUCACCUCCGUGCCGGGCCUCAUUGGGAUCCCCAACUUCAAGCAUUACUCUGGCUACCUUCAGGCUGGUCCCGGAAAGUACUUUCAUUACUGGUUUGUGGAGUCCCAGAACAACCCAUCUACAGAUCCCCUGGUGCUGUGGCUCAGUGGUGGUCCAGGAUGUAGCUCCAUGGAGGGUCUGCUAGCAGAGAACGGGCCCUUCCACCUGAAUGAUAACGGGACCGUCUACCUCAACCCCUACAGUUGGAACAAAUUGGCCAACAUGCUCUACCUGGAGUCCCCGGCGGGGGUGGGCUUCUCCUAUUCCAUCUCCGGCAACUAUCAGACCAGUGACCCCCAGGUGGCUGAAGACAACUACAAGGCUCUGCAGCAGUUCUUCUCCAAGUUCCCGUCAUUUGCCAGCAACAACUUUUAUGUGUUUGCCGAGAGCUACGGUGGAGUUUAUGCCCCUUCUUUGUCACAGCUCAUCAUCAGCAGAUCAACCAACAUCAACUUCAAGGGGAUGGGUGUGGGCAAUGGGAUGACAAGCUACGCGCUCAAUGACCAGUCCCUCAUCUAUUUUGGAUACUACCAUGGCCUCUUUGGUGAUGACCUGUGGAAUCAACUGAGCCAGUACUGCUGUUCCAGCAUCUCCUGUAAGUUCUACAACAGCAGCAGCACCAAUUGCCAGAACGCAGUAUACUCAGCACUUUACCAGAUUCAGGACACUGGGCUCAACAUCUAUGACCUGUAUGGACAGUGCUACGGCGGUGUGGGCUCCAGUGCUCGCUAUGCCGCUGAUGUCUCCAACCUCUUCCGUCAGUACAAGUUCACCUUCAAAGCCCCGGAGGACACGUCAAUCCCAGGAGUCCCCAGAUGCAUUAAUGGGACCGCCAUGUACUACUGGCUGAAUGACCCCACCGUGCGUGCAGCUCUACACAUCCCUAGGAGCAUACAAACCUGGGAGCUUUGCAGUUCCACAGUGGGCUCACUGUACCAGCGUGUCUACAUGGAUAUGAGCCCAUUCUACCAAGACCUUCUGCAGAGAAACGUCACCCUCCUGCUAUACAGCGGUGAUGUGGACAUGGCUUGCAACUUCAUUGGCAGCAAGUGGUUCGUGGAAGCCCUCAACCAGCAGGUUGUGAGCCAGUACAGACCCUGGUUUUACAACAAUCAGAUUGCUGGCUAUGUGGAGCAGUAUGAGCAUAUCACCUUCCUCACAGUAAAGGGUUCUGGGCAUAUGGUCCCCCAGUACAAACCUGGGCCAGCACUCCAGAUGUUCCAGAACUUCCUGAGCAACUCCUACUGA